GUCGCCAUUUUCAUCGACCCUCUCGUUACCGAGAUGUUUUUUGAGCUUGUUUUGUUUUUUCUCGGAUAUUUUCCAAGGAAUGAAGCGGUACCUCCAGAGGCGUGUUUCGCCAACUUUCGCCACGACGAUUGUGGCAUGUCGCCAGUUCCCGUCAUCUACUACUGGAAGCCGGGCUCUCGAUGCGAGGUGGGCUUUUGGCGCGGCUGCUUGCCCAAUAUGAACAUGUUCCACGAUGAAUACGAAUGUGUCGCCACCUGCAUCUUCAGCGCUAGAGCCGCCGAUGAAGACUAUCACAAUUUGAACGCUAUCGUCGAAAGCGAAGAAUCAACUGAAGAAAGCACAAUUUCUAAUGAUGACAACUCUACGGUGUCAGACACUAAUAACACUACCACUGAUGUUACAGGUGAUGGUAAUAGUGGGACUGUAACUGUUACUGGAGAAACUGGUAAUCCAACACCAUCUGCUACUACUUGAA